AUUUAUACAUCCCCUGUUCCUCCCUCCUCCCCCUGUUUCCCCCCAUACUUUCCAUAACUCCUCCCUCCUUUCCUGCUUUACCCUUUUCCUCUCUCUCUCUCUCUCUCUCUCUCUCUCUCUUUCUUUGAGCGGAGCUAAGCUGAGCGAGCUUGGUAUACAUAACAAUGGAAGCUCCUGACAAGGCCGCGGAGAGAGCAGAGUCCGAUUCUGUUUCACGUGAAGUGACUGUUGCUCUGCCCCCUCCUCCGCCGACGGUCGAUAAUGCCGUGAGAAUAACUGAACAAGCCCCACAAGUUCAUCACUGGAGGCGACAAAACCUCUUCCUCGACAUACCCUCGCGAAAGGAGGCAUCUUCUCGAGAUACCCUUGUGAUAGCCAUGCCGAUAACGCCAAGCCCCACACCCAGGAGAGUGAAUUUCCUGUUGACACCGAAUUCCAGUUCUAGCAAAGCAAGAGUUAAUGGAUCGCCUGGUCCCUCUUCAUCUAGAACCAGAUCACCUUUCAAAAGUCUUUUACCAAGAUUAAGCUUCUUGUAUCGGAGUCCAUUAAGUGAUAUUGAGAAAGCUGCCAACAACAUAGAAGGAGCAUCGCCAAAAGUUUCGCAAGAAAAGGCUUCGAUCUCAAGGUCGUUGUCACUUACGAAGAUGUUCACUCCACGAAUUAAGAGAACUUCGUCACUGCCAGUUACUCCAGUCACUAAUUUAAAUCCGGAAUCUACACAAGAUCAAAGUGCCUGUGGUGCUCCACAUCAAAAUAGAAAAGGAUCGCGGAAACAGAUUUCUCGAUCUCUCUCGGUCCCUCUCAACAAAGAAAGAAGCAUUGGAAGGAUGGAUUCUUUCUUCCGUGUGAUACCUUCUACUCCUCGUGUAAUAGAAGGACAUCCUGUGUCCAAUACAUCAACGAGCGAUCCUGAAAAUGACGCUGACGGUGAAGACAUACCGGAGGAAGAGGCCGUUUGCAGAAUUUGUCUGGUUGAGUUAUGUGAAGGAGGCGAGACCCUUAAGAUGGAAUGCAGCUGCAAAGGUGAAAUGGCUCUCGCACACAAAGAAUGCGCCAUCAAAUGGUUUAGCAUCAAAGGUAACAAAACCUGCGAUGUGUGCAAAAGAGAAGUUCAGAAUCUGCCGGUCAUGCUGUUACGUAUUCAAAGUUUUCGAACGUGGAAUACCAGAGCAAGUAGAGUUCAGCCGUUGGAUUUCAAUGGAUACCAGGUGUGGCAGGAAGUUCCCGUGCUCGUCAUUGUCAGCAUGCUUGCCUACUUUUGUUUCCUGGAGCAGCUAUUGGUUGGAAAAAUGGGUACCAGUGCAAUUGCUAUUUCGCUGCCAUUUUCUUGUGUCUUGGGUCUUCUGGCAUCCAUGACUUCAUCGACUAUGGUGAAAAGCAGAUACAUUUGGAUUUAUGCAUCGGUACAGUUCGCCUUGGUGGUUCUCUUUGCUCACAUUUUUUAUUCCUUGGUUCGGCUGCAAGCGGUCUUAGCGGUCCUCUUCGCGACGUUUGCUGGUUUCGGAAUCGCAAUGAGCGUGAGCUCUAUCGUCGUGGAGUUCCUAAGGUGGAGAAGAAGACGGGACGCUCAUUCGGUGCAGUCGCAUGUCUCACAAUCGAUCACUCGGCCGGGUCAAUACCCCAGAACCAUGAUUCCGCCGCGAUUAGGCCCUCUUUAUGGUCAUCAGACCGAAUUAAGCAGUCCGGGGACACAUCAGUGGAGUUGAAGCAACAAGUAACAACUGAUGCAGCAAAAGAAUUACGCCAAGCUCAAGUCGGAUUCCCGGUAACCUUUGUUGCAUGUGCGACACGGAAUUUCUUCUUUGCCCAAACGACACACACCGUAUACGAUUUUACACAUGCGGAUGCAGAAUCGAGAAUGUGUCGUCUCUGUUGCUUGCAGCAAACUUACUGCAGUUUCCCGAGAGAGGACUAGUCGCUAGUGUCUGCAAAUUUGUUUGGGCGGAUUGGUUCUCCUCCAGACAUUCGAUGUUGUUCUGGCUCAUGGGUGUAGUAAUGCUAUAUAUUGUCGGUGCUGAACAGAAUGGUUAUGUCUGAUUAACCAAAGAUAUAGAAACGCCAAAGACAAUUACAGCAGAGUUUUUCUUUUUCCGAAGUAGCAUGGCUCCAUUAGUAUUUGUACAGGAGGACAAUGGCAGCAGGGUCCCUGAGAAAUCUUUUUCUUUUUGGCGUGAUCAAGUCCUCGAACGUUUUUGAUUAGUGCAAUGUUAGUCUUUCCGCCA